AUGGAAAAUGCGGCGCGGCCGCAGCGGACACGCGCGGGCACAUUUCCGCGCGGCAAAACAAAGCGCUGGCGCGAGCCGGCGGGCCCUUUUCGGGUCGCGCGCGCCGCCCUCCCGGCGGCCCCGCGCCGGCCGCCGCUGCCGUCCCCAGCACGGCGAGCGUGCUCUGCGGUCCCCCUGGUCGCCGCCCAUGCCGCCGCCGCUUCGAGACGCCAGGUCCAGCACUCCUGCCUCGCACCACCAAUCACCGUCUCUCCGCGUCGUCCUCCUGCUGACACUUCCGCCCCUUUCCCCUACUUCCACCCCUCCGCGCCCCGCCUUGCUCCCUGGGGACCUGUAGCACGCGCAGUAACUGUCCGCACAAAGCGGUUAAGUGCCGCGGAGAAAUUUAAUGCUACCGAUGCGCCGUUCUUCACCGCCCGCGCGCCGGUGACAUCUGGUGCCGCCGCUGCAGUUGGGGUUGCAGUCCAGUUCUUCUUCGCCUCCGCCUUCCCUCCCCCCUCUCCGCCACGCCUCCCACCCCUCAUCCCGUUCGAUGACGUCCCCAUGCGCUCCGCGCCUCGUCCUGCCAACGCGUCGGGUGUUUCCUCUACUGUGCGUCGGCCGGGCGGCGGCGGCGGUGAACGGAGCAGCUGUCCGUCCGAUCGCGGACCGGUCGCGAGGAAAAUGAAGAAAAAUGGAAAUGCGGCGGCGGCCGCAGCGGACACGCGCGGGCACAUUCCGCGCGGCAAAACAAAGCGCUGGCGGCGACCGGCGCCCUUUCGGGUCGCGCGCGCCGCCUCCCGCGGCCCCGCGCCGGCCGCCGCUGCCGUCCCCAGCACGGCGAGCGUGCUCUGCGGUCCCCCUGGUCGCCGCCCAUGCCGCCGCCGCUUCGAGACGCCAGAAAAGGAAUUUGUAAAUAUGAUACAGCUGUGGUUCUCAGAUAUUUCAUUUUCAAUAUCUUUUAGGAAGAGUACGUAAUAUGGAAUGCAAACCUACAGUUUUAAUGGAAAUUAGUAAGUGGGGGGAGAGCCUGUUUCAAUUUAAAGGCAUAUG